AAUCUGUAAGCUGAGAAAACCGCUUCGCAAUUUCGCCAUGCAAAUCAAAGUGCUUUGUUUGCUUCUGGUGGUUUUGGCCGUGGCAGUGGCAGUGGGUAUACAUUCGAUUAUGGUUGCUUUGAGAGCUCCACUACCUUUCACUGUUUCGGUGGAGUACCGGGGCCAGGUGCGAAAAUAUCCGCCAGAGCCAACUGAGGGCAGGCCGGAGGGUAGCGAUUUGCAAGUGGAAAAGGAGCAACCUUGUGGUUUCUGGGAGAUCUUCAUCAAUCACAACGAAGGACCAGGCGUACACAAGUGGACACACUACUUCCCAAUUUAUGAAGAACAUUUUGGACAUUUUUGCAGAGGUCGCGAGAAUUUGACCAUGGGGGAGAUUGGUAUCCACUCUGGCGGCAGCUUGCUCAUGUGGCGUCAGGCUUUUGGGGAAAAGCUGCAGCUCCUGGUUGGUAUGGACAUCAAUCCAGACACCAAGGCAUGGGAGCGCUUCGGGCCGAAUGUCAAGGUGGAAAUCGGGAGUCAGGGAGACCCACAGUUUCUGCAGAGCGUGAAAAGGAAGUAUCCUGAAGGUUUUGACAUCCUUUUGGAUGAUGGCUCUCAUAUUCCAGAUCAUCAGUUCACCACCUUCGUGCAUAUGUGGGAGAUGAUCCGUCCUGGUGGUGUGCUUCUAAUAGAGGAUGUUCACGGAGUGAAUCCGUUGUUGCAUUGGCUGCUUCAUGGGCACAGCCACGAAAAUGCCUCGAUGCCUGGUUGGUAUUACCCAAAUGACAAAGAGACCGGCAAAGCGACGGAAGUUCCCACGGAUGACGGAAAUCGGCUGAAUCGGGCUCCAAUGAUGGCCUUCACAUCUCUGAGUGUUCAGAGAGAAGUAGAGAGCAUCAAGGUCUACCCAUUUGUGAUUGCCAUCACCCGGCGCAAGGUUCCCCUGGUGGAUGUCCAAGCGAUUCAGCACGGCUCGCAAUGGAUGCCAUACUGAGGGCUUUCAUGCCAAAUGCGCUGUGGCU